AUGAUUCCUAUAUGGGGAGUUCUGAGUGUUAUAGGGGGAUUUCUUUAUCAUCUUUCCCUUGGUUACUAUUACACAGUCGGUAAGAAUUGUUGGAAAACUUUUUGCGGUUAUUCUGCAAAUAAUGUUUUGACACAUUUUGAUGCAAAUUGGUUUCCCGGAAAAAGAAAUACAGUUGUCGGAAUAAUUGCAUCAGGUCUGGGUUUGGGAGCUCUUGUAUUUACACCCAUCCAAACCAAAGUAAUAAAUCCCAAUGAUCUGCAGCCAGUAGCAGGAAAGUAUCCCGAUGAAGUUCAAGAACGCAUUCCAAACGCAUUUCUCAUCCUCGGAGGAAUCACUGCGGCAUUUCAAGUGAUCGGAUUAAUCCUUUUGAGAACUUGUCCCGAUAAUGAAAACAAGGAAGAUGGAGAGUCCAGCAGCAGUUCCUCGGAACUUGAAAAACCUGAGGAGGACAACUCUGUGGAUAACAACAGCACCCCAACUAACUCUUUUAUCUUAUUUAGGGAACAAAAUGAAGAAGUUGUUUUACCGAAACUAGAAGUAACCAGCUACUCAGUGAAGGACGCACUAAAAUGCAUCGAUUUUUACAUAUUGUUCACUGUUUCGUUCUGUGAUAUUGUUGCCGUGGUUCUGUUGACAUCAACAUAUAAGCUGUAUGGUCUUGAAAAUCAGCUAAAGGACAGCUUUCUUUCCGGAGUCGUCAUUGGCAGUUCUGUCUUCAAUUGCUUCGGCCGCGUCAUGUGGGGACUCAUAGUUGAUCGAUUUUCAUAUAAGUGCCCAAUGCUGACGUUUCUUUUCAUAUGGAUAGUUCUGUUUAGUUCAUUCCCCUUUGUUGCCGCCGGUGCUGCCGGUAUGUAUCUGUUCGCAAUCUGGGUGUUUUUACUCUUCUUCACGCUGGCGGGGAACUUUGUCAUUCUGCCUGGAGCCACGGGUACACUGUUUGGACCAGACAACUUUGCCACAAUUUACGGUCUGGUCUACGCAGCAGCGGUACGUCAUCGGUUUGUUUUCGCCUUUUUGCAUUUGUCUUCAAACAUUUUUAAUCUUGUAAUUUUAUAA